CGCAGUGGUUGGGGCCGGCGGCGGCCGCCGCGGCGGCGGGGUCAGUUCUCUUUAGUGUUUGCCGAUGUUGGAGGCGUCUCCAAAGUGUCCCCGGGAAGCAGUGACAGGCAAUGGCACAAGUUAAAAUGCAGACUACAGCAAACCUGUCUGGACCCACCAUGGCCCCUGUGGUGCUACCCCUGCCAGUUACAACUACAAAUACACUGAGUCUGCCAUCCUCAAUGAAUGGAUCCAUUUCAGAAUCAGCUGCCAGCUGUAGCAGUCCUACUGCCAGCCUUGUGGAUCCUGCGUCUUUGAACAACUCACCAGCUCCUCUCCAAGAUAACAUGGCAAACCCCAAAGAGAAAACUCCAAUGUGUCUGGUAAAUGAGUUAGCCCGUUUCAAUAGAAUUCAACCCCAGUAUAAGCUUCUGAAUGAAAGAGGGCCUGCUCAUGCCAAGAUGUUCACAGUGCAGCUGACUCUUGGAGAACAGACAUGGGAAGCUGAAGGAAGCAGUAUUAAAAAGGCCCAACAUGCUGCUGCUAGCAAAGCGUUGAAUGAAACUACCCUUCCCAAACCAACGCCUAGACCACCCAAAAACAAUGUAAACAAUAAUCCAGGCAGUAUAACACCAACUGUGGAGCUGAAUGGUUUGGCGAUGAAAAGAGGAGAGCCUGCCAUCUACAGGCCAUUAGAUCCAAAGCCAAUUCCCAAUUACAGAGCAAAUUAUAAUUUCCGGGGCAUGUACAAUCAGAGGUAUCACUGCCCAGUGCCUAAAAUUUUCUAUGUCCAGUUAACUGUUGGCAACAGUGAGUUUUUUGGUGAAGGAAAGACUCGUCAAGCUGCUAGACAUAAUGCUGCAAUGAAGGCCCUUCAAGCUCUUCAAAAUGAGCCUAUUCCAGAAAAAUUACCUCAGAAUGGAGAAACAGGAAAAGAAUCCGAAGAAGAUAAAGAUGCAAACAAAUCUGAGAUCAGCGUAGUGUUUGAAAUUGCUUUGAAGCGCAAUAUACCUGUCACUUUCGAGGUGAUUAAAGAAAGUGGACCUCCUCACAUGAAGAGCUUUGUUACGCGAGUUACAGUAGGAGAAUUCACUGCAGAAGGAGAAGGCAACAGUAAGAAACUCUCAAAGAAACGUGCUGCAAUGGCUGUCCUACAAGAACUUAAGAAACUUCCUCCUCUUCCUGUAAUUGAAAAGCCAAAACUUUACUUUAAAAAGCGUCCAAAAACAAUAUUGAAGACUGGACCAGAAUACGGUCAAGGAAUGAAUCCCAUCAGUCGUUUGGCUCAGAUCCAACAGGCCAAAAAGGAGAAGGAGCCAGAGUAUGUUCUUCUUUCAGAGAGAGGAAUGCCUCGCCGUCGAGAAUUUGUUAUGCAGGUAAAAGUAGGCAAUGACAUUACUACUGGAACAGGCCCGAACAAGAAAAUAGCUAAAAGAAAUGCAGCAGAAGCAAUGUUGCUACAGCUGGGAUACAAAGCCUCUACUCCUCUUCAAGACCAGACAGAGAAGCUUGGAGAAAACAAAAGUUGGAAUGGCCAAAAUGUUGGGUUUCCUGAACCAACAAGUAACACACCAAAGGGAAUACUCCAUCUCUCGCCUGAUGUAUAUCAAGAGAUGGAAGCAAGCCGCAACAAAUCAGCCCCUGGUACCACUGUAAGCUAUUUAUCACCCAAAGAAAUGAGCCAGACUUCUAGCUCGUUCUUCAGCAUAUCUCCUACAACAAAUAGCACGGCCACGAUUGCCAGGGAACUUCUCAUGAAUGGAACGUCCCCAACUGCUGAAGCCAUAGGUCUAAAAGGAAUAUCUCCUGCUUCCCCCUGUUCUACAGUGCAGCCUUCAAAACAGCUGGAAUAUUUGGCAAGGAUUCAAGGCUUUCAGGUACACUACAGUGAUAGACAAAAUGGCAAAGAGUGUAUGACCUGUUUGACACUGUCUCCUGUGCAGAUGACUUUCCAAGGUAUCGGAAGCUCCAUUGAAGCCAGCCAUGACCAGGCAGCGUUAAGUGCCUUGAAACAGUUUUCAGAACAAGGACUGGAUCCAGUGGAAGGAGCUAUGAAAGUUGAGAACGGAUCACAUGAAAAACAAGUCAAGCAUCUGGGAGAGAAAGCAGACAAUAAACAGACUAACUCAGGCACCAUUGCUCAGGACUGCAAGGAUUCAAAGGCUGUCGUCUAGGAGCUUCCCAGCACCCACGGCUGCCACUGCAUCCUUAUAAACCUGUCAACACGCAAUAGGGUGUAUGUGUACAAGGAAAUGAAUGACUAAUACCAUUAUUUGAGUCUUAUGUGAAGACAACACUAUUCUAACACAAGAGAUAGUAUACAUGGUACUGUUUAUUCAACUGUGGAAAAAAAUAAAAUUGAACAUUUCCCUUAGAACUCGAGAUCAGAGCAUAACUCAAUUGCCCAGAGGCAGAAGAAGUCUGAUCGUGUUACUGGAGGUUAAAAUAACAAUGAAUUAACAAAAAGUGUUAGGGGAAAAAAAAAAAGGAAACUUUACAAUUGAUUACUAUUGAGGAAAACAAGUCAACAUUGGUUUAGUUAUACAAUUUUUUGUAGUGUAGUUUUAAGUUCAGCUUACUGUUUUUUAAAUAAUGCUUGAAUAUUUUAAAAUUAACCAAUGACAGUGCUGUGAGAAUUGUAGUUGUUGUCUUCAUAUAUAGUCAUACAGCUUAUCUUUUUAUGCAGACAUUAUGCAUUCUUCAUUCUAUAUGAAUAUGUAUGACUUUAAGAUGCACUACUCAGAGUUGUAUGCAAACAGAAGUUUAAAUCUUGACAAGUAUUUGCUUAACAUGAACAGAUGUUAGUUAUGAUCAUUUUCGAUAUACUCCAGAAAAAAAAGCAAAUAUGGUAUUUGAUUUUCCUUGCCAUAAUCAAUUAAAGAGGCGCCUUGCCUCCAAGCAACAUUUUCCCCUUCAAUUCUGCUCUCUGUUGUGUGAAGCACAUCUACACCCCAUUCUGUGUGUUGUAUCAACCCACCGUUUGCAUCAACUGAGUGUUUUUAAUCUCUGCAUUCGGACCAAGAGCAAAAGGGAGGACUGCAACGUUAUCAAGCCAAGGGUGGAAACUGUUGAUGUAAAGAUCAUUCUUUUGUGAAAGGAGUGGCAGCAGAGAUAAGACCUGUGGCUGCUCUGUACCAGCAUAUUUCUUUUAAGUGUGUGGCCAAAUGCAGUAAAACCACAUCAGUUCAUGUGUACAA